AUGUCUUCUUUAAAUUUAUUGGAUAAGAUGCUAAUGAAUGUUUGUGAUGCCUUUAGUAACUGCUGUGUUGUGUGGCUUUCGAGUCUCGAUUCUCUAGAUCUUUACGAAUGCGAGGAUCAGGGAAGGCAACAAGAAAAGAAAGAAGGAAUUCUUUUUAUAAAGCCAAUUAGAUUUGGAAGAGAAUCUUUCACGUCACUUUUAUCUGACAGAACAAUAAACCCAUAA